ACAGCGAGAACCAAGCGAUCAGACGCAUCCUAAAAUUACAUACUGAUCUCCUACACGGAGAAGGAUUGCAUGUCACAAACCAUUAGGAACUACACACAACGCCAAACUGAACUUAUUGAGAUGAAAGCAGGAUCAUACGAACCGUGCCUCUGAAAGGGAGAUGUGUAAUUGUUAUUUUAUUGUUAAAUUCAUUUAAGUAUCAGCACCUUUUAUCAAUUAUAGUGUAGUGAUCUUUUUUUUGUGUGUCAAAUAUUGUGAUAUCAAGACUGAUUGCUGAAGAAUACGGUGACGACCAUUUUUCAAUGCUCUAUAAUAGAUGGGAUAUAUCAUACUAAUGGAACUUAAAAUACCAUUACUUUGGUACUACAGAUUGAUAACAGCACUAAUACUAUUUUGUACCGAUAAAACUGAAGGUUGGCAGGAUGUGCCCCCUGAUCCUUACUUUCUCAGCGUACCUGAAAAUGUAACAGUAGAGCGUGGAUCUCCUGCUGUUUUGAAGUGCGCUGUUGCCAACCUUGGUACAAGACAUGUCACAUGGAGAAAAACGCCUUAUAUUACACCUAUUAUUUCCGGAGAUAAAAGAUUCGUGACGGACACGCGGUUUGCCAGUCAACACAAUCCUCAGAGUAACCAAUGGAAUUUAUACAUCAGAAAUACAAGAUUGCAAGACAGUGGAACUUACGAAUGUCAGCUAAGUCUAAAACAUCGUCAGCAACUUCGACAAAAAGUCACAUUAAAUGUCAUAGAAGAAACAAUAAGUACAAGACCAGGCAUAAAAAUUGGUGGCACCAGAUUUGUUACAAAAGGGGAGUCCAUAUACAUAGAAUGUAAUGCAACGGGGAGCGAUUAUCCACCAGAUCACAUUGACUGGUUUCUAAAUGGCAAUAAAUUAUACACAGACCCAAGGAGGCGUGUUCUUAUCACAUCUCGUGUAUCUUUACAUACAAAGACUCUUACCAGCGCAGUUAAUAUUUCAAAUGCAACUCUGAGGGACACCGGUACCUAUGUCUGCCGGACUUCUAGUCAGUUAACACGAGGAAUGCGUGUAGAUGUCCUGAAUGCAGGAACAUACAACGUGAAAAGAGGAGCCAACAACCAAACAACGAAAACAGAAUCAAAACCUCUUAAAGACAAGGCAAUUUUUCUACAUUCCUCAGCUGAUGUGAUAUGGCUUACAGUUUUUACAUGUUAUAUCAUGCAAUGACAGCACCUCCUGUUAAUUUUUUUUGUUAAAUCUUUCCUUUUAUUUUUAUACCUCUUCCAUUAUGUUUGUUGAGUAGGGAAAAUUUCUACUUUUAAAUAUUGUGUAUGUCCAAUUUUCACCAUAUUCACAAAGUCCAAAAAAAAAAAUAAAUAAAUAAACAUUAAACAGUUGUAUGUAUUUUACAUACAUGAAGUACUUCAUACACUAUCAUUUUCCAUGUAUCAUAUUCCAUAAUUUAAGCCCGAGAUCUUGGGUUUUACUCAACGCAACCUCACAAAAGAUUAUGAACAAAAGAAGAUUGUAAUUUUCAUAAAAUAUGUAAAAGUAUAUACUAGUAAUUUACAAUCUUUUGCUUAAAAAAAUAUCAUUCUAAUAUCAUAUAUUAAAUGACAAAAAGUGGGUUGUUCGACCGUCUUUUAAUAUCUUUAUAUAUAUAUCCAUUUGAAAAUUCAUGCAAAUAUACAUGUUUGUUUAAUGAAAUUAAAGAAAUAUUAUAGUAAUCAGUUUUUAUGAAACAAUAUAAAAAAUGUUGAUCUUGGAUUUUUGGCAUGAGAGACUUUAAAUUAAAAAAAAAACAUCGUAAAGCGUGUUUAUUGAAUUCAUAAGAAGAACCCUUAUCUGCAUAUUGUUGACUGUAGUGUCCUCUGUUUCAUUCGACGUCAGAUUGUUGUAAAUCUGAGAAUAUUUUUAUCUUCUUCACCGGAAUUCAAUGUAGUUGAAUCGUUUUUGGCUGGAUGUCUGUGGAUAUUUUGAUGUCGAUGCCAAAAACAGAACAAAUUUAUAAAUUUACGGCCCCUACCAAGGAGGGAUCGAAACCAUCAAGAUUAUGCAGUCUUUAUUAAUACUCAAUUUUGUACAUCAAGUAUUGAAAAAAAUUUUGCAUGUUUAUAAUGAACAUUUUAAUAUCUGUUUAAUUAUCACUUGUUAUUUUAUCGUCAUUUACAUUUUUACUUAGUUUUUAAAAAUCAAUUUUUUUCAUCAGUAUUACUUGAGAAAUGACAGUGUCAAAGUAUACAAAGUGGUAUAAACUAUUUUUGUUAACACUUUAAGAUGUUGCAGAAAUAAAAUUUGUAUACCAUUGAAAAUUUCACAGUUCUCUAAAACGUUUGAAUUUUAUGACAAUUACAUUUACUUACUUACCAAAGUUUUUAAUUGAUACUACACCAAAUAAAAUUGAAAUGCGCUGAAA